CAAUGUAGCAAAGCCCCGGGUCACGUGGGGGGGCGUGGGUCACAUGACUCUGGACCAUGUCUGCUCCGGGCGGUGGAGGCAGCACCUCUCCUCUCCUCUGCCUCCUCGCCCUCCUCUGUCCCGGGACCCUGGGGGAUGGGGAACCGAACCCCAGCUGUGGCUACCAGGCCUGUCCUGCUGUUAAUCCCAAGAUGCUGAAUGUCCACCUUGUGCCCCACACUCACGAUGACGUGGGCUGGCUGAAGACCGUUGACCAGUACUAUUAUGGAGGCAGGAUGGAGAUUCAGCGAGCUGGCGUGCAGUACAUCCUGGACUCUGUCAUCGACCAGCUGCAGGGUGACCCCGCCAAGCGCUUCAUCUACGUGGAGAUCGCCUUCUUCUAUCGCUGGUGGAAGCAGCAGACCGAGGCCAUGAAGAAAGUGGUUUCCCAGCUGGUCAACGAAGGUCGGCUGGAGUUUGUGAAUGGAGGUUGGUGUAUGAACGAUGAGGCAACAACGCACUACAGCUCCAUCAUCGACCAGAUGACCCUGGGCUUCCAGUUCCUCAACGACACGUUUGGGGAGUGUGGCCGUCCCCGUGUGGCCUGGCACAUCGACCCCUUUGGUCACUCCAGGGAGCAGGCGUCCCUCUUUGCACAGAUGGGGUUCGAUGGGUUUUUCUUCGGCCGCCUGGAUUAUCAGGACAAGAGCGCAAGAGAGUAUAGCCGGGAGAUGGAACUGGUGUGGCGGGCAAGCGCUAGUCUCCCGCAGCCCAGCGCCGACUUGUUCACAGGUGUUCUCCCCAAUGGAUACAACCCUCCCUUGAUGCUGUGCUGGGACGUGCUUUGUUCCGACGAACCCAUCAAGGAUGAUAAAGACCUGGACGAGUACAAUGUAGACAAUGUCGUGUCGUACUUCCUGCAGACUGCACGCGAUCAGGCAAAGCAUUACAAAACCAACCACAUCAUCAUGACCAUGGGAUCGGAUUUCCAGUACCAAGAUGCCAACAUGUGGUACAAGAACCUGGAUAAGCUCAUCAAAUACGUCAACGCAGCGCAGACCUUUGGGAGCGAUGUGAAUGUGUUCUACUCCACGCCCUCCUGCUACCUGUACGAGUUAAACAAGGCCAACCUCACCUGGUCGGUGAAGACUGAUGAUUUCUUCCCCUACGCCGAUGGUCCCUAUCAGUUCUGGACGGGGUUCUACACCAGCCGACCGGCUCUGAAACGCUACGAGAGAAUGAGCAACAACUUCCUACAAGUCUGCAAUCAGCUAGAGGUCCUGGCAUCAGCACCAGCUCGUUAUGGCCCUUACGGUGAAGGGAACAGUGCCGUACUGAAGCGGGCGAUGGCGGUCGCCCAGCAUCACGAUGCCGUCUCUGGUACGGAGAAGCAGCACGUUGCGGAUGACUAUGCCAAGAGACUUGCCAAAGGCUGGGACAGCUGCCAGGUGCUGAUCAGUAACGCUUUGUCAUAUCUCAGUCGAUCCAAGCAAAACUUUGCCUUCUGUAACAAUCUCAACAUCAGUGUGUGUCCUUACAUUGAAGAGAUUACUAAUUUCACAGUCACCCUGUACAAUCCCCUCGCCAGGUCAGUGAGAACAUACUUGAGGUUACCUGUCAAUGGCACCAACUACAUUGUCACCGACCCUGAGGGCAGCUCGGUCCUAAACCAGUUAGUGCCGGUGUCGAACUUCACGGUGGCCGUGCGCCAGGACCGUGGUUCUGCGGUGAACGAGCUGGUGUUUGAGGCGUGGGUGCCACCGCUGGGUUUCAGCACCUACCGGGUGUCACGUAAACCAGCGGACUCGGUCAUCCACCGCGUGGUCUGGCCGUCGGACGGCUCUCAGGACGGGGGCAGAGACGCCAUGGUCAUCGAAAACGACUACGUCCGUGUAUUAUUUGACAAGAUCACUGGCCUGAUUAGUGCAAUCGAGAACCGACACAAGAAUAUUUCUCUGCCCAUCACACAGAGUUUCUACUGGUACAGUGCCAGCGCAGGUGACAGGCUCAGUAGCCAGGCCUCCGGUGCCUACAUCUUUCGACCAAGUAACGAUAUACCCGUUGCGUUAUCUAAAGAGGCCAGCGUCUACAAAAUCGAGACAGAGUUGUUUCAGGAAGUUUAUCAGUACUUCACGCCCUGGUGCUCACAGGUGGUGCGGCUGUACAAGAAGCAGAAGUUUGUGGAACUAGAAUGGACUGUGGGACCGAUUCCUGUGAAUGACUUAAUCGGCAAAGAAAUCAUCAGCCGCUUCGACACACCCUUAAACACAGCGGGAAUCUUCUACACCGAUUCCAACGGCAGAGAAAUCUUAAAACGAAGGAGAAAUUAUCGGCCGACGUGGCAAUUGAACCAGACGGAGCCCGUGGCUGGGAACUACUAUCCUGUGAAUAGUCGUAUCUACAUGAAGGAUGAAAGGAAUCAGCUGACGGUGCUGACGGACCGAUCGCAGGGUGGGAGCAGCGUCAUGGAUGGUUCCUUGGAACUCAUGGUCCAUCGGAGGCUGCUGCACGAUGACCACCGAGGACUGGACGAGCCGCUGUCGGAGCCGGGCUACGACGGCAAGGGUCUGGUCGUGCGGGGGAAGCACCUCGUCUUCCUCGACACGGCCAAUGACUCAGCGGAACUCCACCGGAUGCAGGCCGAGGCGGAGAUCAUGGCGACGCUCGCUGUCAUGGGCGUGGGGCCUGAGGCACCCUACUACCACUCCCAGCCCCGCAUCACUGAGUUCACAGCCCUGAAGGAGGAGCUACCUCACAACAUCCACCUCCUCUCGCUGGCUCAGUGGGACAAUGCGACGGUGGUCUUACGCCUGGAGCAUCAGUUUGAAGUGGGAGAGAGCCAAGUCUACUCCAAGCCCCAGACCGUCAAUCUGUCUCGGUUAUUCUCUGCGUUUGAGAUCAACUCGGUUGAAGAAAUGUCUCUGGGUUUCAACCAGCAGAGAAAGAAUAUGUCCCGACUCACCUGGAAUUCUGUAGAAGAGACAGAAGGCCCCAGACCGUUCUCCGUAUACUCCGUGACUCUGCGUCCCAUGGAAAUCCGCACGUUUCGUAUCAGCGUUCGUCACGGCUAACCACCCGAGCUGUGCUGGCCAGGACUGAGAGAAGUGCUAGAAUGAGCCGAAACAAUCAACAGGGACAUGAACCCAUCCACGGAGGGUUUUUUAAAUUCCAGCCGCAUCCAGCCGCCUUUCGCUUCUUUCUAUUAACAAAGGUUUACCCCUUUUUUGAUAGCUCCUGCAUUUUUUAAAUCUGUGAAUUUAGCUUCUGUCAGUUGCUUCCAAGGCAAUGGCAUACCGACCUCAGAAUGUAAUUCACACACACACCCUCUCACAUUGCCUUUGAUUACAAUGCGUGGGGGAGAAGUAACAAGAUCUAGUCAGGUCAUAUUUUGGUUCCAUUCACUAUUUCCCCCUCAUCCACAUUUACUGUUGCUCAAGACUCCAGCAUCUGCAACAUCUUGCAUUCCCCCCCCCCCCCCCCCCCCCC